CAUUCAAUCUUCAAGACAGAAAAGGUGGGGAUAGACGAUGAAAGGAAACGUUGCUCUCUGUUUUUGAUAAUUCCUACCAUGCCAACCUAUAUCUUGACCAUUUGCACUGUUUUUUUUUUAUCUUUCAAUUUAAUCGUAUGUUUUCAAUUUUUAUAAUAACUAUUUCAAAAGUCGUACUAUGAUAUGUUGUUGAUUGACAGUGUAUAGAAAAUCAAUUUAAUACUUCAAGAUAUGAGAUGUAAGGUUUACUACUAGAGAGUGUCCUUUUGCGAAAGUGGCGAAAUUGUGCAACCAAUCUAUUUUAACUUCUCUAACAAUCACAGUAGCAGUGUGCAGUUACAGUCGUAGAAUGGGAGAACUGAAGCUACUGGGAGUUUGGCCUAGUUCAUACGUUUACAGGAUCAUAUGGGCGUUAGAACUGAAGGGCAUAAAGUAUGAGCAUGUACAAGGAGAAUUCCACAACCCUGAUUUCAGUGAUUUGCUACUGAAGUAUAACCCAGUUUACAAAAAGGUUCCUGUCCUUGUUGUUGAUGGAAAGCCAAUUGCAGAAUCCACUGUCAUUCUUGAAUACAUAGAGGAAACAUGGCCACAGCCACCCAUGCUUCCACAGGACCCAUAUGAGAGGGCCGUGGCACGGUUUUGGGUGAGUUUUGCUGAAGAAAAGAGUACUUCGUUUAUGUCAUUCUUUGUGGCUGUUGGAGAAGAGUUUCAGAAGGCAACAAAGGAAGUAAGAGAAGUGCUUAAAGUAUUAGAAGAAACCAUUGGGGACAAAAAGUAUUUUGGUGGUGAAGAAAUUGGAGUUUUGGACAUAACCUUGGGAUGGAUACCCUUGUUCUUUGGAGUCAUUGAAGAUAUUGUUGGUGUAAAGGUGUUGGUAGUUGAUGAUUUUCCUCGCUUGUUUACUUGGAUUCGGAACUUCAGUGAGCACCCCUCUAUCAGAACGAACUUUCCAAGUCACCAUGAGUUGUUUGGUUAUUACAAGCAAAAGAGAGACACUAUUAUUCCACCCAAUACAGCAUGAAAGCAGGCAUGAACUGAUUUGUAUCUAUACGAUAUAUUAUAUUAGUAAACUUCCUUGUGCUUGGAUGAUUGAAUUAGACUGAUAAUUUUAUUUCGAGGAUCCAACUUCACAUUUCAAUCUCAU